UUAUGACAGAAAGGCUUUGCAAUGCAGGUACUUGCUAGAAUUCGCAAUCAGCGCCAAGCAACGUGAAGGAACAUAAUAUCUGUCACCAGAGCGAUCAUCAAUGUGACACAAGUAGCAAGUACAUCUAGUCGAUGCAUACCCUUACUCGGUCAUCUAAGUGUGAGUCACUCGUAGCUGCGAUCCCGCUCUCCACAUCCGACAUCUUGUUGCUGUUUUUGAGCGAAAGUGCAUAGCAACUCGGGCCAGAGCUGCGGCUCUAGAGAACACAUGCACCCCUCACCCAUUGUGCGGAUUUGCCAUUGAUGCAGGCGUCCUCGCACUCUACAGCGAUGACGCGGGCUAAUGAAGUGCCACCACGGUGCACUCGACCAUCCAUAGGUGUCCUCCUCAAUCAAUCGGUUGCCUGCACUCGCACCUAUCUGCACCGUGACGGGCGUGCUCGCUCCAAUAUACUCCCCAAUAUGCUAUCGCGCUCGAAGGAUUUGCAUUUGGCUCCUAUGAGAGCGUUAUCCCACGCCCUUGAGUCUCCAGCUCACGAUGUAUGGCGACCAACAACUGUAUUCUCCAGCCCAAAGCGCACGGCCGGCAACCUAAGAGAUCGGCUCGCAAUGACCAGGCGCGUGCCGUACCUUGCUCACUUUCCGAUGACCGCUCUCGCAUUCAGACCACUCCCCACAGGACCGAGCCCACAUCCUCUGGACUCGUUGGUCAUUAAAUGCGCCGUGCUGGGCCGUACGCAUCGAAUGUCCUCUUUGGAGUCCUAUCAACGGAUAUGUUUAGCAUAUAUUCGUCAGAUUCCUUCCAUCAUAUAUAUCGGACACUCGUUCUCCUGUAGCACGCGCCGCAGACACGAAUGCGCUGGCUCCUUCAAGGCUUCUUCCGCUGGAACUUCCAGCCCCGCCGCCCUGUCGAUCACCACGUUCGCUCACCUACAGCAUGCGGCAGCCUUUGCAGAGCGUCAACGCACCAUCACCAGGCACGCACCGCACAUACGUCUUUGUGGACAUCGCUGACAUGUUAACACUGCUUCUCGCAGAUAUCGACCGCGACCUUCUCUCGACCAGAUACGACGGCCGCGUCCGGCAUUUCCUCUGCUUUAAAAGUACUUACUCGUGCCCGUCUCUGCAUCGCCAUCAAGCUUGCAACAGC